AUGUUGGGUUUCCAGAUUGGCUUUCUGGGCGUGGGAGGUUCCUUCUAUUAGUGCUGCGAGAGAGAAAGAAACAGGUUUGCUCUCGUCGCAGAAGGAGCCUCAGACUACUUGGAAAGGUGAUUCACCCAGCUUAUCUGCUGAGAAGUUUGUCCCUCUUGAGUGAGAUUUUAACAUCACAGAUCUUUAAAUGGAGGAAAUGGCUACCACUCAGAUCUCCAAAGAUGAGCUUGAUGAACUCAAAGAGGCCUUUGCAAAAGUUGAUCUCAACAGCAACGGAUUCAUCUGUGACUAUGAACUUCAUGAGCUUUUCAAGGAGGCCAAUAUGCCAUUACCAGGAUAUAAAGUGAGAGAAAUUAUUCAAAAACUCAUGCUGGAUGGUGACAGGAAUAAAGAUGGGAAGAUAAGUUUCGAUGAAUUUGUUUAUAUUUUCCAAGAGGUAAAAAGCAGCGAUAUUGCUAAAACCUUUCGCAAGGCAAUCAACAGGAAAGAAGGGAUUUGUGCUCUUGGAGGCACUUCUGAGCUGUCCAGUGAAGGAACGCAGCAUUCUUACUCAGAGGAAGAAAAAUAUGCCUUUGUUAACUGGAUAAACAAAGCUUUGGAAAAUGAUCCUGACUGCAGACACGUAAUACCCAUGAACCCGAAUACUGACGACCUGUUCAAAGCUGUUGGUGAUGGAAUUGUGCUCUGUAAAAUGAUCAACCUUUCAGUUCCUGAUACAAUUGAUGAAAGAGCAAUCAACAAGAAGAAACUGACCCCCUUCAUCAUUCAGGAAAACUUAAACUUGGCCCUGAACUCUGCUUCUGCCAUUGGGUGUCACGUUGUGAACAUCGGUGCGGAGGAUUUGCGGGCUGGGAAACCACAUCUGGUUCUGGGACUGCUUUGGCAGAUUAUUAAGAUCGGGUUGUUUGCCGACAUUGAAUUAAGCAGGAAUGAAGCCUUGGCUGCCUUACUUCGAGAUGGUGAGACUUUGGAGGAGCUUAUGAAGUUGUCUCCGGAAGAGCUUCUGCUCAGAUGGGCAAACUUUCACUUGGAAAACUCAGGCUGGCAGAAAAUCAACAACUUCAGUGCUGACAUCAAGGAUUCCAAAGCCUAUUUCCACCUUCUCAAUCAAAUUGCACCAAAAGGACAAAAGGAAGGUGAACCGCGGAUAGAUAUUAAUAUGUCAGGUUUCAAUGAAACAGAUGAUUUGAAGAGAGCUGAGAGUAUGCUUCAACAAGCAGACAAGUUGGGGUGCAGACAGUUUGUCACCCCUGCUGACGUUGUCAGUGGAAACCCCAAACUGAACUUAGCCUUUGUGGCUAACCUGUUUAAUAAAUACCCGGCACUAACCAAGCCCGAGAACCAGGACAUUGACUGGACUCUAUUGGAAGGAGAAACUCGUGAAGAAAGAACCUUCCGUAACUGGAUGAAUUCUCUUGGAGUUAAUCCCCAUGUAAACCAUCUCUACGCCGACCUGCAGGACGCCCUUGUAAUCUUACAGUUGUAUGAACGAAUUAAAGUUCCUGUUGACUGGAGUAAGGUUAAUAAACCUCCAUACCCAAAACUCGGAGCCAACAUGAAAAAGCUGGAAAACUGCAACUAUGCUGUUGAAUUGGGGAAGCAUCCUGCCAAAUUCUCCCUGGUUGGUAUCGGAGGGCAAGACCUGAACGAUGGAAACCAAACCCUGACUUUAGCUUUAGUCUGGCAGCUGAUGAGAAGAUAUACCCUCAAUGUUCUGGAAGACCUUGGAGAUGGGCAGAAAGCCAAUGAUGACAUCAUUGUGAGCUGGGUGAACAGAACAUUGAGUGAAGCUGGAAAAUCAACUUCCAUUCAGAGUUUUAAGGACAAGACGAUCAGCUCCAGUUUGGCCGUUGUGGAUUUAAUUGAUGCCAUCCAGCCAGGCUGCAUAAACUAUGACCUUGUUAAGAGUGGCAAUCUGACAGAAGACGACAAGCACAAUAAUGCCAAGUACGCCGUGUCAAUGGCUAGAAGAAUCGGAGCCAGGGUGUACGCUCUCCCAGAAGACCUCGUGGAAGUAAAGCCCAAGAUGGUCAUGACUGUGUUUGCAUGCUUGAUGGGCAGGGGAAUGAAGAGGGUGUAAAAUAACCAAUUCGAAUAAAAACAGCCUUGCUCCCAGGUGCAUGAUUAGCAGGUCAGCUCUUUCCAGGGGAAGCGGUCAUGGCUUAAAGAACUGAUGGUCACUGCAAGGACUCAUAGUUUUGAUGAACAAGAUUCCUCAUCUUGAGAGCUCACAGGGGAAGAGUUUUAAUGGCAACAGCUCCUCUUUCCCAUAGUCACAGCUGGAUUUGUCAGGCACACCUGAAAUGCACUCACGGCCAGAUCAUUUACUCUCUCCUCCUAGAUCGCUGCCCGUGACAUUUCCCAUUGCUGUAUGUCGUUUCUGUGUAUCUUUGCCGCCCCCUUAGAAUGUCCGCCUCUUGGGACUUGCUUAGAUGAUUGGAUAUGAAUACCAUUAGACCAUAACUUUGCUUUUCCAUCCAGGAUGCUAGUUCUUAUUCGAGAACCGGGCUCAGAGGGUAUCUGGAUAAGAGUAUCCUUUGCUUAUCUUUGUAGUACAGAACAUUGGCAGAAGUAAUAGAAGCUUUUCAUAUUCUUUUAUUCUUAAGAUCAGUAUCUUUUUACAGUAUUCUUUCUACGUGAUCUUUUUUGUACA